CCUUGAAUUUCAGUUCAUCGUCGUUCAUUGUAGUUUGCAACUCUUUGUUUGGAUUUUGUUUGAAGUACCUGCAUUUCGGUGCCAAAUGACGAGAGUUUACGUCGGAAACCUGGGCAAAAAUGGCUCCAGGCGCGAACUCGAGCGUGAGUUUGAGAGAUUCGGCCCUCUUCGUGAUGUCUGGGUGGCUCGCAAUCCGCCCGGCUUUGCCUUCGUUCUGUUUGAAGAUGCACGCGAUGCGGAGGACGCUUGCCAUGAAAUGGACGGAAAAUACAUCUGUGGAGAGAAGGUUCGCGUUGAAAUGGCUCGUGGGCCGAAUCGGGGAGGAAGAGCUUCCCGAAUGAGCUUGAAAGAGAAGUGCUAUGAAUGUGGAAGGACCGGACAUUUUGCCAGGGCUUGCACUCGGCGACCGGGAAAUUACAGCCGUGAUCGUGAUCGAGGAGAUCGCCGGCGUCGCUCAAGAUCUCGCAGUCCCCGGUCCCGCUCACGUUCACCCAAACGACAAAGAAGUGGAAGCAGAAGCCCAUCACCAAGGAGACGUUCACGAUCAAAUGAGGACAAAAAGUCAAGGUCUCGCUCUAAGUCUCAUAGUAAAAGUCGUUCCCGCAGUCGAAGCCAAAGCAAAGAGAGAGCCGAGAAAGGAAGAAGGUGAGGUUUGCGCACAGUAAUUUUCGACAAAUAAGUUCCUCUGUCAUCAUUGUAUUGAAAAUGAGGAAAUCAUAUUCAGGACUGUUAUUAAGUUUUGAUUCACAUGUAGCCUUUGUGAAAAAUACAUUGGCUCCUUGAAAAACUUGACAUUUUGUUGUUUUGUUGUUUUGUUUCCAUGUAGUGGAAG